AAUUACAAUGACAUUGUCAGGAGGACAGUCUUCCUUGAAAUUGAAACCAUCUUCCUGAGUGAUCGUCCAAUGGAGCAUGAAUAUCUGUUCAACAAAACAGAUAUAGCAACAGGAAUCGGUUAUUGUUCUUCUUCUUUCGCUUCUGCUUCCGUGCAUAUGCAUGUGACGACUGACCCCCACGGGCGAUAUUUAGUCGAUCUCAGCCUGAGUGGUACGAUCUCAUCGGCUGGUUGCAUCGACCGAUGGCCCGACUGCAUCCUAGCCGUUACGGAGUACUGCGUGGUUUAUCGAUAA